UUUCAAAACACUGCCAUUCAAAAUGACACUACAUGAGCUAAUUGGCCAAUUACAUGUGCCACCUGGCCAAACACCUCAGUGGUUAAUUGUUAACACUUCAAUCAGGAUGUAAGCACUAUGAAAAGACCACAGGUGAGAACCUUUUUUUUUUACAACAACAAUGGAAGACAUUGCAGAGAGAGGAAGAGGAAGAGGAAGAGGGAGGUUGAGAAUAAGAGGGGGAGGAAGAGUGAGAGGUAGGGGUAGAGCAGGUAGAGGAGUUCAUGGCCAAAGAAGACAAACACUUUCAAAUGAAAUCAAAGCAACCUUAGUAGAUCAUGUCAUCAACCAUGGGUUGACAAUGCGUGAGGCUGGACAGAGAGUGCAGCCAAACUUGAGCCGUUUUACUGUCGCCUCUGUCAUCCGGACCUUUAGACUGGAGAACAGGACUGAGAGACGACACCAUGGUGGAGGAAGGGGCCAAAUGUUCACCGGGGUACAGGAAGCUGCCAUUGUAAACUUGGUUUUGGAAAAUAAUGAAAUCAGAUUACGAGAAAUUCAAAGCCACAUCAUCCAAGACAACACCUUAUUCAACAACAUUCAACGAGUUAGUCUGUCCACAUUGGCUCGCAUUCUCAAGCGAAACCAAAUCAGAAUGAAACAACUUUAUAAGGUGCCGUUUGAGAGAAACUCUCAAAGAAACAAAGAGUUCAGACGAGCAUAUGUGGAUGGAGUACUGGAAAUGGAUGCUCAUGCAAUCCCACAUGAGUUCAUCUUUAUAGAUGAGGCUGGGUUCAACCUAGCAAAGACCAGAAGAAGAGGGAGAAACCUCAUUGGCCACAGAGCCAUUAUAGAUGUUCCUGGCCAACGUGGUGGGAACAUCACAAUGUGCGCUGCCAUCUCCAAUAUGCAUGGUGUCCUCCACCGUCAUGCCAAACUUGGACCAUACAACACAGCCCAUAUUCUCACAUUUCUGGACAGACUUCACAACAUUCUCAUACCACCAGAGCGUAUGAAUGAUGCAGACCAUCAAAGAAACCGGUACGUUGUAGUAUGGGACAACGUGAGCUUUCAUCGUGCAGCCCCAGUCCAAAACUGGUUUGCUGACCACCCAACAUUUCUCGUGCAAUACCUCCCACCAUACUCACCAUUUCUGAACCCCAUAGAAGAAUUCUUUUCGGCAUGGCGGUGGAAGGUAUACGACCGGCAGCCCUUUGUGCGCAUGCCUCUUGUGCAGGCCAUGGAAGAGGCAUGUGAUGAGAUUGAUGUGCGUGCAAUUCAGGGAUGGAUAAGGCACUCAAGGCGCUUCUUCCCUCGAUGUCUGGCAAGGGAAGAUAUUGCCUGUGAUGUUGACGAGGCGUUGUGGCCAGACCCGGCUGUGCGGCAAGAUGCUGCCUAA